UGUGAGAGAGAGGCUAACUCCUGCCCAACUGGUGGUGGUGGGUUGAGUGGGCAAAUGUGAAUCCUUCCUCGCGUGGCAGUUCUUCGCUCAACUCCAGUCGGCGAGACCAGCAAGACACCAUAAUUCUUCAAAUUUUCAGGUAUACACCUAGUUUCAAAAAUGAAGCGGAACCCACAAGUUUCAGUGUCGAGAAGGAAGAAUCGUAAGCGUCACUUCAACGCUCCAUCUCAUGUUAGAAGGAAGCUUAUGUCGGCCCCCCUCUCGAAAGAACUUCGCUUGAAGUACAACGUCAGAUCCAUGCCUGUCAGAAAAGAUGAUGAAGUACAGGUUAUGCGAGGACACUUCAAGGGACAACAAGUCGGCAAAGUCACCGCCGUCUACAGGAAACGAUUUUCUCUUUAUGUUGACAAAAUUGUUAGGGAGAAAGCUAACGGGACUACGGUUCAAGUACCUGUCCAUCCAUCUAAGGUCACCAUUGUUAAGCUGAAGAUGGAUAAGAACAGAAAGGAAAUUAUGGAUCGCAGAGCCAAGGGACGAACGGCGAAAUUGGCUGCUGGGAAAGGAAAAUACACCGAAGAGACAGCAAUGGACACAUCCUCCACUGCAGCAGCCUCUACAUAAUAAACUUUAAGAUUCACUUAAUAUUCUUACGUGACUGGAUUUUCCAAAUAAAUGCCAAGAAAUUACGUCCA